AUGGCCAAUGGUAGCCUGACUAAAGCUACUAGCAGCUUUCAAGUAAGCCGUUCUUCAAUUUGGAGAGAUGGAAGUGGAGUUUUUUCUAGGAAUUCAUUUGAAGAAGAUGAUGAAGUAGCUCUGAAGUGGGCUGCACUUGAAAAGCUUCCUACUUACAAUCGUUUAAAGAAAGGCUUGUUAAUCACAUCCAAUGGUGAGGUGAAGGAAAUUGAUGUCACUGAUAUUGGAACACAGGAAAGGAAGCAUGUGUUGGAGAGGUUGGUAAGAGAUGCUGAAGAGGACAAUGAAAAGUUUCUGUUGAAGCUGAGGGAAAGAAUUGAUAGAGUUGGGAUUAGUUUUCCAACAAUUGAAGCUAGAUUUGAGCAUCUGAAUGUUGAGGCAGAAGCUUAUGUUGGUAGCAGAGCCUUACCGACAUUCUUGAACUCCAUUGUUAAUACAGUAGAGAGUUACUUGAACCAUAUGCAUAUUCUUUCUAGCAAAAAGAAGCACGUGACCAUCCUUAAAGAUGUUAGUGGAAUUGUAAAACCUUGCAGGAUGACAUUGCUUUUAGGUCCUCCAAGUUCUGGAAAAACCACACUCCUUUUGGCUCUGGCAGGAAAGCUUGAUCCAGAUCUUAAGGUUUCUGGGAGAGUGACUUAUAAUGGGCAUGAAAUGAAUGAAUUUAUACCCCAGAGAACUUCUGCCUAUAUUAGUCAGCAUGAUGUUCAUAUUGGAGAAAUGACUGUUAGGGAAACCUUGGCUUUCUCUGCAAGGUGCCAAGGAGUUGGAUCACGUUAUGACUUGCUAUCUGAACUGUCAAGAAGAGAGAUAGCAGCGAAUAUUAAGCCUGACCCUAUUAUUGAUAUAUACAUGAAGGCAACAGCAUCUAAAAGCCUGGAAGCAAAUAAAAUGAUGACAGAAUAUAUACUUAAGAUCUUGGGGCUGGAAAUGUGUGCUGAUAUUGUGGUGGGGGAUGAAACGUUGCGUGGUGUAUCUGGUGGACAAAGGAAGCGUGUUACUACAGGGGAGAUGUUGGUUGGUCCAACAAAUGCCCUGUUCAUGGAUGAAAUAUCUUCUGGCUUGGACAGCUCCACAACUGUUCAAAUUAUCAAGUGUCUUAGACAAAUUGUUCACAUUCUAGAUGGAACAGCAGUUAUCUCACUAUUGCAACCAGAACCAGAGACAUACGAACUUUUUGAUGACAUAAUCCUCCUCUCCAACGGCCAAAUAGUAUAUCAAGGACCUCGGGAAUUCGUCCUUGAAUUUUUUGAAUCUAUGGGUUUCAGAUGUCCUGAGAGGAAAGCUGUUGCUGACUUCCUCCAAGAAGUGACUUCAAGGAAGGAUCAACAACAGUACUGGAUCCACGAAGAUGAGCCAUACAGUUUUGUUACAGUUAACGAAUUUGCCAAGGCAUUUCAAUGCUUCCAUGUUGGUAUAGAGCUUAGAGAAGAGCUAGCCAUUCAAUUUGAUAAGACAAAGAACCACCCAGCUGCAUUAACGACUAAGAAGUACGGGGUAGACAUGAAGGAGCUUCUGAAAGCUAACUUCUCAAGGGAAUAUUUGCUUAUGAAGAGGAAUGCAUUUGUUCACAUCUUCAAGCUAUCUCAACUUGCAGUGAUGGCAGUGAUAACAAUGACAGUAUUCCUGCGUACCGAGAUGCAUAAGGGUUCUGUGGAUAACGGGGGAGUUUACACUGGUGCACUUUUUUUCUCUAUAGUAAUGGUGUUGUUUAAUGGGAUGGCUGAUAUUUCAAUGAAUGUAGCAAAGCUUCCUAUAUUUUACAAGCAAAGAGACCUCCUAUUUUACCCUGCAUGGGCAUAUGCUAUUCCGAACUGGAUCCUCAAAAUCCCUAUUACAUUGGCUGAAGUAGUUGUCUGGGUAUCUAUCACCUACUAUGUAAUUGGAUUUGAUCCAAGUGUUGGAAGGUUUCUCAAACAAUAUCUUCUGUUACUACUACUUGGCCAGAUGGCUUCUGCAUUGUUUCGUACAAUUGCAGCAACUGGUAGGAAUAUGAUUAUAGCUAACACAUUUGGAUCAUUUGCAAUAGUCACACUUCUGACUUUGGGCGGUUUUAUAUUGUCAAGAGAGGAUGUUAAGAAAUGGUGGACAUGGGGUUACUGGAUUUCACCAAUAAUGUAUGAGCAGAAUGCUAUGAUGGUCAAUGAGUUCCUCGGCCAGAGUUGGAGCCACGUUCUUCCUAAUUCCACCGAGUCACUGGGAGUUGAGGUUCUGAAGUCUCGAGGAUUCUUCACUCAUGCAUCCUGGUAUUGGAUAGGGGUAGGGGCAUUGCUCGGAUUUGUUUCUCUAUUGAACAUCACAUUCACUCUAGCUCUCACUUUUCUCAACCCACUUGAGAAACCACAGGCUAUCAUCUUGAAAGAAUCUCAUGGAAAUAAGCAUAAAGACAAAACUCUACAAGAUAUUGGAUUAUUCACAUCAAUUCUUUCAGAUUUUGAAAAGCUUUUCAAUUUUUGUGCAUCAGUGAGGCCAAAGGAAGUUGUUGAUUCCAGCCACAGGAGGAAAAGAGGAAUGAUUCUUCCAUUUGAGCCACAUUCUCUUACCUUUGACGGAAUCACUUACUCAGUAGACAUGCCACAGGAAAUGAAGAAUCGUGGAGUAAUUGAGGACAGAUUAGUCCUUCUGAAGGGUGUUAGUGGUGCAUUUAGGCCAGGCGUCCUCACAGCUCUGAUGGGGGUUAGUGGAGCGGGUAAAACAACUUUGUUGGAUGUGUUGGCAGGAAGGAAAACUGGAGGGUAUAUUGAAGGCAGAAUCAGAGUUUCAGGGUAUCCUAAAAGGCAAGAAACAUAUGCUAGAAUCUCUGGCUACUGUGAGCAGAACGAUAUCCACUCUCCUCAUGUUACAGUCUAUGAAUCCUUGCUCUACUCAGCGUGGCUUCGUUUAUCUCCUGAAGUCAAUUCUGAAACCAGAAAGAUGUUCAUUGAGGAAGUCAUGGAACUGGUAGAGUUGAACUUACUGAGGGAAGCUUUGGUUGGUUUGCCUGGUGUGAGUGGUCUCUCCACUGAACAGCGCAAGAGACUAACUAUAGCAGUUGAGCUAGUGGCUAAUCCCUCCAUAAUAUUCAUGGAUGAACCAACGUCAGGUUUAGAUGCCAGAGCAGCUGCCAUUGUUAUGAGAACAGUUAGAAACAUAGUGGACACAGGAAGAACAAUUGUUUGUACCAUUCAUCAACCAAGCAUAGACAUAUUUGAAGCAUUUGAUGAGCUUUUCCUGCUAAAGCGAGGAGGACAAGAAAUAUAUGUUGGACCGUUGGGUCGUCAUUCUAAUGAACUCAUUGAGUAUUUUGAGAGGAUUGAAGGGGUUGGUAAAAUCAAAGAUGGACACAACCCAGCGGCUUGGAUGUUGGAAAUUACAACUCCGGCACGAGAAAUGGAUUUGAAUGUUGACUUUGCUGACAUAUACAAAAAUUCAGAACUAUAUAGGAGGAACAAAGAACAUGUAGAAGAAUUGAGCAAGCCUGCUUCAGGUUCCAAAGAACUUCAUUUUCCUUCUCAAUAUGCACAACCAUUUUUCAUUCAAUGCAAGGCCUGCCUAUGGAAACAGCAUUGGUCCUACUGGCGCAACCCUCCAUAUACUGCAGUGAGAUUUUUGUUCACUGCAUUUGUAGCUUUGAUGUUUGGGACAAUGUUCUGGGACCUAGGAUCCAAAACAAGAAGGAAACAAGAUCUGUUCAAUGCUAUUGGUUCCAUGUACAACGCCAUUCUCUUCCUUGGGAUUCAGAAUGCGUUUUCUGUGCAACCAGUUGUGGCCAUUGAACGAACAGUCUUUUAUAGAGAAAGAGCAGCUGGAAUGUAUUCAGCCAUCCCCUAUGCUCUUGCACAGGUUGUAAUAGAGAUACCAUAUACUUUUGUCCAAGCUGUAACAUAUGGCAUCAUAGUUUAUGCAAUGAUCGGAUUCGAAUGGACUGCAUCCAAAUUCUUUUGGUAUCUGUUCUUCAUGUACUUCACAUUUUUGUACUUCACCUUUUAUGGCAUGAUGACUGUGGCUGUAACACCGAACCAACACAUUGCUUCAAUUGUGGCCACUUCAUUUUAUGGACUUUGGAAUCUGUUUUCUGGAUUUGUUGUCCCACAACCUAACAUUCCAGUGUGGUGGAGAUGGUACUAUUGGGCAUGUCCUGUGGCUUGGACCUUAUAUGGAUUGGCAGCAUCACAGUUUGGGGAUGUAAUAACUACAGUUGAGGUAAACGAGACAGUGAAAGAGUUUCUGAGAAGAUACUUUGGCUAUAGAGAUGAUUUUGUUGGAGUUGCUGCAGGUGUAGUUGUUGGGUUUGCAGUGCUAUUUGCUACUAUCUUUGCUCUUUCUGUAAAGGUUUUUAACUUUGAAAGGCGAUAG